AACUGCAAAACGUGCAGCGCUCGGAACACGGCGCCAGCAGGGUGGCGGAUGGGGGGGCUGCGAGGCGCAGCGCCGUGCGGAUUGCUCAGGCCCCUACAAAGGGAGCUGCUCCUCAUGCUGUAGCAGAAGGUGCUGCUCAGGUGCACCAGGUGUCAGCAGGAGAGCAGAGAACUUUCAGAGAGGCAGGGACAGCGGCCCUGUCAAAAGCAGGCGGCCAUCCGUCGGGGUUUUGCAGAAUCGAUGGAAAGCGUAACGCGUGUUGUUCAGAAGUUUCCCCCACAAUGUUUCAUUACUGAUGUGUCUGUGUCUUACCGAUGAGGUAAUCAGCACCUUGAAAAUUGAUUCCAAUGUGCUUUAGGAUAUCCUCAAGUACUGUAGUGCCAUAGUUGUAAUUGUUUACCAUUAAAAUCUAGUGUGUAAUUUUCAGUGAGGAUUACUGACUGUGCUCAUCUUGUGUGUUUCUGGAGCAUUUCCAGGUUGAGUAUGAAUUAUAUCUCAUUCACACAGUGUGUUUAUGGAAAAUGUGCCAUUAAAGUAUCUCCUUUCCUUAGAAAAUGAAGCUCCUCUUGUCCUUCUAGGGCCUUGCAGAACAUGAUGACUUGUUAAUCCUUUGAACAGAAAUGGCAGAGUGCUUUACCUUGUGCUGGGGAAAACAAAACAAAGCAAACUGAAGUGUUCCUGCUAUUUAAUGCUGCUCCCAAAACCAAAACGAGGCCUUGGUGUUCAAUUUUAAAGGGCCUUGUCAGCCAACAGCCGUUAAUGUUGAUACCAGAUUGUGGCGUUUGCGUCCUCUGCAUGGUAAGAGUCCACCCUGGCACUGGUAUCCUCGUCAUUCAAGUUUGCUUGCCGGUUGCCUUUUUUAUUUAUAAAUAAUUCUCCUGCACAUACCGCAACUCCAAGCCAUCUCAACUCUUUACACCUGCUCAGGAACGAAGGUAAGUUCCGAAGGCUAGAGGGACGCUCGUGUGAGCGAAGCCCAGCCGUGCUGGCCCCCUUUCUAGCCGCUGGUUCCCAGGGCCGGGGGGAUGGGCUGGCCACCAGCUCUUCUUGCCCCUUGGUGGGGCAUCCCCGCCUGGCUGCAGCCUGCCAGGAGCGGGAUCUCCUCCUCAGCUCUGGGAAAAUAGUAAAUGACAAAGGAUACGAAACCAAAAGACUGGCAAUUGUUAAGCACAGCUUACUGUUAUAUAGUAGAAAAUUACUAACUCUAAAGAAUUAAACAGAUCCACAACCGCUGCUUCUUUGAGUCACUGUGCGUCGGCAUAUGCAGCACUCAGGCACAGAUAGGAGCUAAAAUAAUUGUUGCAGACUGCAAGUGAAUUUAAAAUGUCUGUUUUUCAGAGCUGAAUUUCAGACUGCAUUCACGGGGUAAGAAGGAAAAGAGAAACUCUGGUCCCACUCAACUCUGUCAUAUAUUGAAACAAACCCAAUUAAAAUGCGGCUAAGUAAAAUCCGGCUACUAAACCCAUGCAAGGCGCCUGAGAAACCCCUGCAGCGCGCCUUGCUGUUCCCAGCUACGGGGCAGUUGAAUGUGUUUUCUUGUAUUAACACCAGAGAGAAGACAGACGUGAAAUCCCUUGAUCUCAAGCAUUUUUAUUGCACAAACAUUGAAGUGAUAGGGCUGUUCAUUGUUGCUUUUAAUUCUGACCUGCCCUUUGCUGCAGCUUUAUUUUUCUUCUAGGAGAACUGGAAAACAAGCACUUGCCCUCUUAAAACCGAUUCUCUAGAUCCUUUUCCCACCAACAUUUCCAAGUCGAUGGUAGCAGAACUGAACCUGUCACACCCCUCAGGGCGACGUGUACAGCCGGGGCUGCGGGCAGAGCCUGCGGGUGGCUGGGGGGGACCGGCUGCCUGGGCUGUUCACACCCCACGGGCAGGGAGCUGCUCCAGAGCCCGACGCUUGUCAGCUGGAGUGCCUGACGUGUCUGUGUGUAGGUGGCUCUGUCCGUUGGCGUCUGCCUGUUGCACUGAUGUCCAUGUUUGUUGGUGGCCUUUGGUGCCUGCUGGUGUCCAUGUCUCGCUGCUGGUGUCUGCCUGUUGGUGCUCAUUGGUGCCGGUUUGUGCCUGUUCGUGUUGGUGGUUGGUGCCUGUUGUUGGCUGCUUGUGACUGUUGGUGCCCGUGUCCGGCUGUUGCUGUCUGUGGGUUUGCCCAGGUUUCUGUGGGUGUGUUUGUCGGUGGGGCUGUCUGUGUUUUAAAGCGCCCUGGGAAUGUUGCAGCACCUUUUACAAGCCGUUUGCAAAAGGUCAUUACCCAGUGUAACAGCCCCCAGCCGUGAUGCAGAAGGGGAAGCUUGGCCGCAGCAGCACCAGCGGGGCUGCGCCAGGGGCUGCGCCAGGGGCUGCGCGCUGCAGUCCCCGACCUGCUGCUGCCCAGGAAGCCAAAGCCUCCAGCGGGGAAGGCUGGCACCGCUCUGCCUUGCAGCUGCAGCUACACCCCCCACCCCCACCCCAUUCAGUAACUCAGCACAAGAACUUCGCUGAACAUCGGGAGCGCCCACAGCAACAACAAAUCCCUUUUAAGGAAGCAUUUCAUGGCCGUCAAGUACUGCGGCUCUACAUGCCCAUCCCAUUCCCUUGCAGGAACAGAGCAAGAGUUGCAUGCAUUCGUGUUUCUUUUCCUUUCCCCGUUCUUAGCUUCUGCACCAGUUGUUCGCCAAAAAUAAACACCGUUCCACAACCAUAUAUGUGCAACAGCCUUCUGGUGAUUGUCAGCCCCCUCCGGCACUGCCGUGAUUCCACACGGCCAGGAGACUGUCGGCUUUCUAACACGCUCUGAGGGGCUAUGCACAUAACCCAGCUGAAUCGGGAAUGCCUUUUACAUCUGUUUUCUUUUCUGGACAAAAAUAGUAGGAAAAGUUUAGCAAAAACAUGUCACAAGUUGCUAGAAGUGUUUCAGGAUCCUGUACUGUGGCCUUUGUUGAACUUUCACUCUCCAGUGGAACUAAAGAAGGAUAAUUUUCUCCUGGGACCUGCUUUAAAAUACUUAUCCAUCUGCUGGUAUUCAGAGAGAGUCAAGGUGUGUAACAUUGAGGACUGGAUGAAAAACAAUUUCCAGAAAGACUUCUGUAACAGGCACGAAAACACUGUCAAUGAUUUCUUACUAGAAGUUUGCAACAGAUGUCCAAACCUGCUAUCUGUGACCCUCGCUGGGUGUGGCCACGUUACAGAUGAGUGCAUCUUGCUGCUUCUCAAGAACUGCCCAAACCUCAAGACACUCAAACUGGAAAACUGUGUGCGGAUCACAGACCAGACACUAGCAGCAGUGACCCUCUACGGGGGAUCAUUGCAAACGCUCCAUGUGGAUUUCUGCCGGAACAUAACACAGACUGGUCUUGAAAAACUCAGAGAAAAAUGUCCUUUGGUAACGCUGAGAGCGGACAGAAGCGCUAACAUGAUUCCAGACAAUAAACCAGAAAAAAAGUCGAUGCUUGAAAAGGCAUCAAGGAAAUGGGUUCAGUUUUAAGUGCAACAAAUUGUGUAACGUGUAAUCGGUCAGUGUGAGUAUCUUACUCCACUCCCACUCUCCUCUUGGGUAGCACUGCUGCAAGGAACUGCAUUCUGGUUUAGGUCCAAACAAAUGGCUGAUACAUUUUGUAAAGGCUGCACAAAGGCAUGCUUCUCCACCAGGAUGGUCUUAAAGAAAAAAAACUGUUUUCUUUCUGUUAUUCCUUGAAACUGGAAAGACCCGCGUUGCUGUCACAAACGCUAGGUCUGAUUACGGCUGAGUACUGCAGUUUCGAUACCCUCUUGUUGCAGAUGACUGGAAUGCACCUCACUUGAAAGAGAAGCAGCAGUACGUCUUAUUGAGGUAAAAUAAAAUUGAGUUGACAGAGUUCAAUAAAUUUUGACAAGGUUCAGUUAAGUUCAUUAGCAAGGUUCACCUUAUUAAUUACUGCAUGGAAGAAGCAUACAAAGGAAAACUGAGUUAGAGUGAUUCACACGGAGACCAGACACAAACAGUAAGGAAGGCCCUCCCGCCGAGUCACGAGGUUCAGAGCGACCCCCCUGCUCCCUGCACUCCUUACGAGCCUAGGCGCGGCUGGAUCCAGCCUUAGCCUCGGACUUGGUCAACAGUUUAUGUCUUAACGGAAGACACACACACACAGAGAGUAAGGAGGACUCUCCUGUGGGGGCACAAGGCUCAGAGUGGACCCCCCUUGCUUUCUAAGCUCCUUCCACAAUGGGAAAGGGCAUAAAGCCACAGCAGACAGAGCUUGGGUAACUGUAUGAUCUACACGAAUUUCAGGGAUAUUAACAAACUCAGAUUACAGGAUGUAUAUAUCCAUACGGCCAUUCCAUCUGCUGAGGCCGAUAACUACACCACAGAAGAUCUUGCUAGCAAAAGCAGAGCACCUGGCAGCCAUCGCCUCCUCGGUGACUCACACCUGUAGCCCGUUUGUCAGGCGUGCUCAUUACAGGAGGGCUGCAUGGCAAUGCAGGCAAAACACAGUCUGACCCUUCGCACGCACUUUGCCAAGACACUGAAAGCUGCCACUGAAGGAAGGGCAGUAUGACCGAACGCUAGACCUAUAGGAAAAGACAGUGACCUAGAAGCUGUAGCUUUAAAUGCUACAUUGGGAACACACCGCAGUACCGGUCUAUAUAAGCACCCGUUUCUCACUGCCAAGCACAAAACAAAUCGCUAUUUUCAUCCCAAACCACAAAGCUGUCUCUUUCCUGCAUGCUGCUCUGCUACAUGGAAAGGAACCUUUUUCUUUUUUUAAUGAAAGGUUGCUAUGGCAUCAUCUACAAAAUCUGACACCAAAAACUGGCACAGUUUUAUUCUGCUGUAUAAAAUUUGCCUUGGUACAACAGAUGGGGAUUUGGUCCUGGGAUUGAGUACUCGGGACUGGUAACACCAUGUUCCAACGGCUUUUGACGCAUGUACAGAUUUUCGCCCAGAAGAGGUAAACAUUUCCCAGUGCCACCUUACUGCGUGCCACCUGCACUGCAGUUACCUGUCAACAAUUUUAGUUGCCGAGUCUGUCUUGGUGUAAUGAUACAGAAAAAAAAAAUCAUUGUGAUCAUCUAGUUGGAAUUACUCAGGUUUCUGUUUGAACCACAGCAUGCAUUUUUAAAAAGCACCCUGUUGCAAACCCUGUGCUUUGCUCUUAUGUGAGAGCAUGUCCUCAAAUUCCACUUUCUGUUAUCUUCCCUUUUGUCUAACAACAAAAUUCUGACAUGAACUCAGAAUUCUGGCUCCUAGAGAGCACACCCCACCCAUUCUUGCCGACUCUGCAGCUGAACUUGUAUUUACCUUAAAUCUCUCUCCCUUGCAACACACUCUGCGGGAGGCCUUUGCGCUUACAAAGGACGGCAGAUGGUUAAGUCUGGCUAUCGAUAGCCGCGUUCCCCCAGAGGGCUAGAUGUCAGUUCAGCUUGGACGUCAAACAGAAGGCUGCAUACAGACCAGUCUGACAAACACUAUGGAUCCUGAACAGCUCCAGCUUAAAUCACAGCGAAGUCUACAGCAGUUAAAAAAAAAAAAAAAAGGCUUCAAGUUAAAACCUUA